CUUUGCGUGCAGGGUGCCCGUCUGACGGCCUGUGCCUUGUACGACAACCUGGUGACACCAAGUAGGGACAAUUGUUCCCCAAACUUCACACAUCCCCACCCCCCACCUCAUCCUUUCCUCCUUCCAUGCAGGCCUACGGCCCCGCCGGUGCUGCCUGCCUGAUGCCGCUCACCUUCCGUCUUCCGGCGCAGCUGAGGGAGUGGAGGCAGUGGAUGGCAGCCAAUCCCUGCGGCGCUGCCCCGGGGGCGGGUGGCGGAAGGGAGCAGGAGCAGGGGGAGGGGGAGGGGCAGCGGCUGUGGAUGCUGAAGACGGCACAGCACCUGGGUAAGGGGCUGCAGCUGGUAACGCAGGAGGCCGCCCUCGCUGCUGUGUUGCAGCGGCAAGCGGAUGUGCUGUCGUACAAGACGGAGACGGAGGAGAUGGGGAGAAGCAUCGCUGGAGUUGGCGCUACAAGCAGUGACGGUAGCGGCGGUGGCAGCUGUAGCAGCAGCAGUGGAGGCGGCGGGUUGCCGUCGCGAGGGAAACGGGACCCCGACCGGCCUCGGCCCUUUGUGCUCGCUCAGCGCUAUGUGGAGGACCCGCUGCUCAUCGGCGGCCGCAAGUUCGGCAUUCGGGUGUGGGCGGUAGUGUUGAGCGGGACAGUAGCCCCAGCAGCAACGGGUGCAGGUGCAGCAGCAGCAGGAGGAGGGGGGGUAGGAGUGGAGGCAAGAGCAGGGGGUGUUGGAUUGUCAGCGAAGGAGGCGGAGGCGGAGGGGCAUGAGGCGCAGGAACCCCUGCGGGUUUACCUGCAUGAAAAUGGGCUGGUGUUGUUCGCGACGGAGGCGUACGAGGGCGGCAGCAGUGAGGUCGGGAGUGGUGGCGCGGGCAGCGAGGGCGGCGAGGACGUGGAUGGCUUGGGUGAAGGCACGCUGCCGCACCCUGUGGCAGCCGCAGCAAGCGCCUCACCUGCGGCUGUGAUAGCGGAGCAGGGCGGGGACGACGGGGAAGAGUGGGUAGAAGGAGAGGAUGAGGAGCAGGGGGAAGAAGAAGAUGAUGAUGAUGAUGAGGAGGAGGAGGCGGAGGAUACAUACACGCCGACCGCUAUGCAACGGUUAGGUCUGGCGACGAUGACAGCAGUACCACCCUCCCCAUCACCCCGCAGCUUCACACCUUCCCCUUCCACCUCCGCCUUCUCCUCCCGAAGUUGCGAGGUUCCCCUGGGUCAUGUGACCAACUACGCACAGAACGUGGAUGGGAUUGUGUGGAGCCUGGAGCAGCUCGGGGAGCAUCUGGGGCAAGAGCGCUUCGGGCUGCUCAUCCGGCGGCUACGGCGCAGCGCGGCUCUCACCCUGGCAGCCGCCUUGCCGCACGUCCGCUCUGAAACCGCCCGACUGAGGCGGCGGGGCGUCCGGUCAGGCUGGCCGCUAGGGGCGGAAGAAGCCGGUGGCUGCAGUGGUGGUUGCGGUACUGCUGCUGCGGGUGCUGAUGGCGGCACGAACGCAAGUGGCGGGUGUUUUGAGCUGCUUGGGCUGGAUUACCUUGUAGACAGCAACAUGAGG